UUUCAGUUUUGUGGUUUUCAAGGUAAUAAAAAAUCAAGUUCACCUUGGUUGAAUAAACUCAGCAAGCCAUUCGCUUGUCUGGUAUCGUACUUUUCUACCAUGGCCUCAAACAAACGUAUUGAAGUUCACAAGACAGAGGAUGCUCUGAUCAAGCGUUUGUGUGAAUACAUUGAAAAUAUCUCCAAGAAAGCCAUUGAAGAAAGAUCCGCUUUCACAAUUGGUGUAUCAGGAGGGUCCUUGAUUGGUGCGUUAGCCAAAGGCUUGCCCGGUGUCAAAACAGAAUGGUCCAAGUGGAAAAUCUACUUCUGUGAUGAGCGGAUUGUACCUUUUGACAAUACCGAGUCUACCUAUGGUGCAUAUAAGAAAGCCCUAGAUGGAGUUGUCCCAAUUAAAGAUGAUCAGUAUAGGAAGAUAGAUCCAAAGUUAUCUGCCGAAGAAGCAGCCAAAGAUUAUAUUGGAAAGCUGAAAGCUGACUUCGGAAAUGUGAAGUUACCUCGAUUUGAUCUCCUGCUUUUGGGAAUGGGCCCAGACGGCCACACCUGUUCGCUGUUUCCAGGGCAUCCACUUCUCAAAGAGACCUCAGUGUGGGUCGCUCCGAUCACGGACUCCCCAAAACCACCUCCCAGUCGCGUCACUCUGACUUUUCCUGUAAUUAACAAUGCAGCCACCUGUAUUUUCACGAUUUGGGGCGCUGGAAAAGCUGACAUGAUCAAGCGGGUAUUGGCAGACAAGGAGGAUCUUCCUGUAAAUCAAGUUUGUCCGAAAAAUGGCCUUGUUCACUGGCUACUGGAUGAUGCAGCUGCUACCAAACUAAAUGGUCUAUGAGACCUCUCAAAAUUCAAAACUGAGAAGUUCUCUCAAAAAUAGCUGGAAAUCUCUAAAAGAGAGCCGGGAUUUUACACUGAUCAAGUAAUUUCAAUUUUUAAGGAUCGUUCCUCAAUAAGUUUUAAUAAUGUACAUUCCACAAUGGUUGAAAGGUUCUUUGUUUUGUUAAGUUAUUAAUGUGAAUCAAGUUUUGUGCAUUUAUAAAUCUAAGAUUUUAUAUUUUUUUACAGCACUAUUUUAAAAGAGUUUUCUAAAAACUGAUUUGUUGAUCACCGAGUGAUUCUGUGCCUCUUUUUGUUUUGUUUUUAAAAUGUGUUAAAACUCCUGGAUUGCGUCUUUUGUUUCCUCCUCUGCCCAUUAAAUGGUUUUUUACUUA